UUUCCGUCAGCGCUCGGGAUGCCCGGCUUUGAAUCGGUCACCUGGGGGUCUGAGGGAAGGAGAGGCGGGUGGCGGUCGGAAUGAACCUGGAGAGACUGAGAAAAUAAAACAAAAACCUGCAACGCGCAUUUCAUUGGGAGGAAAGACAGCAAAAAGACAAGGAAAGAGUUUCAGAUCUCAUAUAUCUGACAGCAUGUUUUACGAGUCAUCAACAACUAUGUCUCAAGCAUCAAAGAACAAACUAAAGAGGCAGAGCCGGGCUUUCUCACAGGUUCUGUAUCGGAAGCUAAGCUACCGUGAGCGACAUUCUGUGACCGAUAGCCCAACUAAUCAAAUGGAUAACCCUUCAGAGCUCUCCAUCCAGCUGUCAACUCCUGGUAUACUCAAGAUCUUUGGCAAUGAAAUUAGCAGUGGCACGAACUACAAAAGUGUCCUGGCUACGCCACGGUCGAGUGCCCAGGAGUUGGUCAAAGAAGCCCUUGAGCGCUAUGCUGUAAGCAGGAAGUCUGCCACUGAGUACCUAUUGUGUGAUGUGAUUGGAAGGUUUGAGGGAAUAGACAAACACUGGCAGACAGAGUGUCUCCGAGCCUUGGGGGAUAAUGAAAAGCCACUGCUUCUUCAAGAUCUAUGGAAACCCAAGGAGGGAUAUGCCAGAAGAUUCGAACUUCGAAGACGAGCUGAUGUGGAGGCGAUGGCUGCUCAGGAGAAAGACACAACAACUGCAGAUAUAAAUGCUCAAGCACGGAAAUUGCAGAGAAACCGGGCAAAAGGCAACAUUUCAACAAUGUCUGGCUAUAGUUAUAAGUUAGGACCUCUUCGCCGCAGCAUCAGUGAGACAAGCCUUGCUAUCAUUGAAAAUCAGGGGGAGGAACAACAGAGACUUUAUUCAACGCUGCCUGGGCUUCCUGGAAGGAGGACCAGUCGAUGCAGAAAGGACCGACUUCGCAGCCCAAAUAAUAAAGGAGAACAAGAAAGUAACAUCCACCAGGUGCCUCACCUACUGCUUCUACAGGGAUAUAACUACCAGAACGAUUGUUUGGUAUACCAUCUAGAUUUUGAGAAGCAAAUAGUUGGACAAGAGACGGCCCUGGUAAAACCCAGUAUCUGUUUGUCAUCACCCGAUGUCCUUUCUGCGCACUGCAAGAUUAAAAGGGUUAAACGGUCAAACAAGUACAGUCGCUAUGUCGAGGAACAGGUUAUACUGGAGCCAUCCCCAAAUGCCUGCAUUUUAAUAAACUGUAUGCCAAUAGAAAGGUCAACAGAACUCAGGCAUGGUGACCUAAUUGGAUUUGGACAGCAUUAUCUUUUUCUUUUCAAGAACCCUUUGAGUGCUAAAAAGCUGCCAGCCCACACUUUUUCCAUGCUGAGACAUUUGCAUCAUUUGCCUGAGCACACUGAUCGCCGGAGAGCACCCAUCUGCAAAAUGUGUGGUUCUAUUAUUAAGAAUGGCUCAGCAAACAUGCACAAUAAUCCCAACUCUUCUUCAAACAGAAGUAACAGUAUUCACAAAAAGAAAUUGCAACUAGAGUAUGAAAGACCCUUUGAAGAUGUGCUGAUCAGUAAAAUCUUCACCCUUAUCGAGCCCAGUGGCGAUGAUCACAAAUUGACUCCUGCUUGCCUGUUGUGUCUGUGUAUUCAACACUCAGCUACUACCUUCAAGUCAGGUGAUUUUAUGAAGCUGCUUCUGAAGAUUGUGAACAAAUUGCAAGCUGUGGCGUUGGGGAAGACCAGAGAAUUGGCAGAGAAACAGUCUGAACACCAGGAUCCAGCAUCUCUUCCUCUCCUCAGUAUUACAGAAUUGGUUCCAGACCUCCAGCACAUUUUCUUCUGGAUGUCCAACUCCAUUGAGCUGCUUUACUUCAUCCAGCAGAGAGUCCCUGACUACAUUAAAGGCAUUGAGGAUCUGGAUGCUCAAGGUUCCAAAGAAUCAUUACUUUCAUCCACAAUUUCAGUCAAUGAAGAGGUCAUGACUAUUUUGGAAGAAGUGAUCAUGCAUACCUUCCAGCAAUGUGUAUAUUACAUCACUAAGUCUCUCUAUGUUGCUCUUCCUGCCUUUUUGGAUUGUAAUCCCUUCCAGAUUGAAAGUGGACAUUCCUGCAGGGAUUCUUCACCUCUCCCAGAACCAAUUUGCAACAUCAUACAAAUAUACCAGACAACACUGGAUCUCCUCCUCCAGUAUGAGGUGCAUCCUGAAAUUGCAGCACAGAUGUUUGCUUACCUUUUUUUCUUCUCUAACGCCUCCCUCUUCAAUCAGCUCAUGGAUAGAGGUUCAAGACAAAGAUUCUUUCACUGGUCAAAAGGGGAGCAGAUGCAAGCUAGUCUCCGACUGUUGCUGGAGUGGAUACGAAAUGUAGGAAUGGGUAACAUUGCGGAUGAAUUUUUUUUCAAAUUCACUAGUGCUGUAAGGUUGCUGGCAGUCCCAACAUCUUGUCUCACACAGUCUAGCUGGAGUAGUCUGAAGAGAGAAUUUCAUGCUCUAAAUGCUUCCCAACUUCUUCACAUAAUAACACACUACCAGCUAGCACCUGGAGUGGGCCCCGUUGCAGCUUGGCAGCCAACUGCUGAAGAGAGAGAAACAUUGUGCAGAACAGAGGACAUUCUGUUAAGUUUUGAUAAAUAUCCUCCAAUAAUGCUGCCCACCAGUAACUUUAAGGUGGAUCUAGAAGCAGAGGCCAUAGAUGACAACAUGUACAGACACCUACUAUAUAUACGUCACUUCCUUUGGAGCCUACGCGCCAAAUCCCAACCAACAAAUGGAUGUUCUAUAACAGAGGAAUUACAGACUGAGUUUCCAAUUUCCCACCAGUUGUCUUCACACAGUCCAACCACACUUUACAGUCCCAAGAUUCUGGAUCAGCAAUCAGGCCGAAAUAAUUACCUUAACAAUAACUAUGACACAGCGACACAUAGUCGAAGCUCAAGCACUUCGUCAGUCAGUGGAUCAAGCAGAGAUUUUAAUUCCUGCCAUGAACUUAAAGAAAAGCUACAGAAGCUACAGCUGCAAAAUACUCUGGGAAGAAAUAGGCUCCCAGGACACAGCAUGCAACUAUUAGAUCCCUCCAGUCUUUUAACUCCUCCAAACACACCUUUGAACUCUGACUUUCUGCUCAGUGAGUGUGUACAAACCAAUGGAGCUGGUAGACCUGCAUCAAGCACCAGGAAAAAUGGUAUCUACAAAAGUGGAGCCAAUGAGGGAGAAGGGAGAGCUUAUGAUUUACCAACACCUGCUUCUUCCAGCCAGAGUUCAGGAGAAGAUGAUCCAUGUUGUGUAUUUGUAGUGGAGCUGGGGAGAGGACCCAUUGGUUUAGGAAUGGGACUGAUUGAUGGACUGCAUACAACCUUAAAUUCCCCUGGGAUCUAUAUCAGAACGUUACUGCCUGACAGCCCUGCUGCCUGUGAUGGGAGACUCAGGAUAGGUGAUAGAAUCCUGGCAGUAAAUGGAACCAGCUUAAUUGGAGCAGAUUAUGACAGUGCAGUUAACCUGAUCCGAUCAGCAGGCGAGAGACCAAGAUUCCUUGUUGCCAAGUCAGAUUUCCUCAUUGCUGAGAAGAUCAGUGCAUCAUCUUGUUAGUCUUCACUCACUGAACCAGGGAACAAAGAGUGAUCAGUAAACCUUAGUUUAUUUGCCCUCUUCAUUUCUUCAUAGCUAAAGAGUAGAAGAACAACUCCUCACAAAUCAGUCUACCUUAGUAUCUGUGAUAACUCUUCAUAUCCAUCUUAGAGUUAAACAACUUUAUUGCUAUUUGCCAAACACGAUUUAAGAAUUGUUAUCUUCACCUUUUAAAUGCUGAACCAAAAACAGUGAAUUUGUUUAUAUAAAGACUUUUCUCACAACCAGUACUUAUUUUUGACUGAAUUCAGCACUUCAAUUCAAAGACACAACAUCCAUGAUUGAUACAAAAUUAGUUCACAUCCUUUAGGUACUUACAUUCAUGUCUUUGCUUAGGUACUGAAAGUUCAUUGUAGAGUUAUGAAUGUACCUGUAUUAUCCAGCAAGCACCAUGAUGCUAUAAAAUAGAGCAACCUAAAAUCUAAACAAAAUGAAUUAAUUCAGUGAAUAUUCCCAUUUCUUAAAAUGAGGGAAAACAUGGAUAUCUCAUUGCAACAGAUGCUGUCAUCCUCUCAUUUAACUGCAUAUGUGUAACAAUGUGUACAAAGGCUACACAGCUCACCAAAGGAGAGAGCAGUCACAAUGGAAAAUGAAGAUAGAAUGAAUUUUGACAAUAUCUGAUGGUUUUAUCAAUUUAACACUAAGGACUACAUUAGUAUUCGCUUGUUUUAGUGAUAGCACAGCUGGAAAUUGUGGCUUUAAACCCCAGUAUAAGACUUGAAUGAAUAAUGUAGGUUGAUAGUUUUGUGCAUUAGAUAUAAUUUUGGUGCAUAUCUAGUUUGUACAUUUUAGCUUGAAAAUCUACUGCAGUCUGUCUGAUCUAAUUCAGAAGGCUCACUUGGAAACUAAAGGGUAGAAUUUGAAUUUGAUAGCAAAUGAACAGCCUGUUUUACAUCCUUGCCAAUUUCACAGUAGAAACAAAGGAGGGGGGAUUAAAUAGGCUAACUAUCAUAAUUAAAAUCAACCCCAAGGAUUUUGAGCAGUGGGAGUUUAACCUCUUCAGUUUUCAAAACUGGCAGCUACAAUAAUUUUUUUUACAAAACUUUAGACAGUAACUUCAGCGUAAUUAUCACAACUAAAUCCAGAAUUAAUUGACAGAGAGCAGCUCUAGACUUGGUAGUUGUAAUCUCCAGGAUUUCUAACAUAGGUAACUGAUGGGAACAAUGCCAGAGCUGGGCUGUGCUGAUCGAUCAUUGUACAGUAAUAAAACCUUCAAUUAGAGGAAAUUGAUAUUAAGGAUGUAAAGAUGUUACUGUGUUAUGAACCUCUGCGCCGUAUCACCACCCAUGUCCAUUAAAUAGGCCCAAAUUGAUUGAUUAUCAUUUUAAAGUUUUUGAAUCUAAUUUCUUCCAAGUUUAAUGGUAAAUUUCUGGAUGUCAUAAGUCAUAGUAUAUUGCUGAUGUAGCAUACAUUCCUCACAGAACUUUAGUAAAGCUUCAAUUAAUCAGGGCAAACAGGGAAAAGUGUUCUAAUGCUGUUACUAAAUGUACAUUAGCUCACCCACUGAAGUAUUCAUAAAGAAUUACUCUAAAAUAUCGAUUGUGCCCUAGCAGUAUUCUGUAGAACUAUUCAAUGUUCUUAGGCCAACGCAUGCCUUCUGACAGAAAGGCAAAGAUAAUCAGUUAAUUAGUAUCUUAAUGAAUAGUAAUUGUUUUAAUUAAUUUAAUAAGCUGUAUAGCAGGCAGCUGUCCAGUAUUGGCAAAUUGUACUUGAAUGCACUCUGAGAAUGACUGAAAUAUCUACAUAAAUAUAUUUUGAUUGCACUCAGAAUUAAUUUGAAGAUACAUUUCAUGCUCCUUUGGAUCUAAAUCCAUUAUGACUUAUGAUUCCAUCUCUAACAGCCUUGUUUUAAUGACCACUGGUACGAUGGUCUUUCAGGAAUCUUUUUUAAAGGCAAUACUAUAUUAAAUGUCAGAAGUUCAGAGAAAGAUCUAUCUAUGAAUGUUCAUUUAAGAUCCUUCAUCUCACUUGUUCAAAAAAUCAAAACCUUUAAAUAUGUUUUGAAAAAAAAAUACUUUGCGUAACACAGU